GCGGCCAUUUCUCCAUUGAUUGCGUCUGCUCCUGGCAGAGAGCUCCGCGCUGUGUCCGCACUAUGACUCCGGCCUGAACUCUGUCCCGGUCGCACGCACCGAGGAGAUGGUGCCCGGAGAGGACAACCCCCUCGUACCCAAAGAGGGGGUGUUUUGGAGUUGCAGACAGAGUAUCUUUAAUGAGAUGAAGAAGCGGUUCUCGCAGAUAGAAAAUGCUGCCGACGAGCCACGAGUCCUGUGUAUAGUCCAAGACACCACCAACUGCAGGACCGUUAACGAGAGAAUCACCCUAAACCUCCCGGCCUCCACCUCCGUGAGGCGGCUCUUUGAAGAUGUGUCCAGUAAAGCUGGCUACGUGUCGGGGACCUUCAGCCUGAUGUGGGGGAAUGGCGUCCCUAACGGCGACAUGGCGGUGCUGGACGGCUCCUUGGAUGCUUCUUUACAAGAUGCCGGCUUCGAGUCUGGGAAGAAGAACUUUCUUCAUUUGACCGAUAAAAAUGGGGAGCAGCCGCAGCUCGCCUCGGAUGAGUCCGGCACCGCAGACAGCAGCGGCCUCGACGACAGCACCCAGGAGAAGUUCAUCGGCCCUCUGCCUAGAGAGGGCUACGUGGGCUGUGCCGGUGACUAUGUCAGCCAGAACUACACCUACUCCUCUCUGCUCAGCAAGUCUGACACCGGUUAUGUCGGGUUAGUCAAUCAGGCCAUGACUUGUUACCUGAACAGCCUUCUGCAAACUCUGUUCAUGACGCCAGAAUUCCGGAACGCGCUGUACAAGUGGGCGUUUGAGGUGUCUGAAGAAGACCCCGUCACCAGCAUACCCUAUCAGCUGCAAAGACUCUUUGUUUUAUUACAGACCAGCAAAAAACGAGCCAUCGAAACCACAGACGUAACGCGCAGCUUUGGGUGGGAUAGCAGCGAAGCCUGGCAGCAGCACGAUGUCCAGGAGCUCUGCAGAGUCAUGUUUGAUGCGCUGGAGCAGAAGUGGAAGCAGACAGAGCAGGCCGACCUCAUCAAUCAGCUGUAUCAGGGCAAACUGAAAGACUAUGUGCGGUGUCUGGAGUGCGGGUACGAAAGCUGGAGAAUCGACACUUUCCUCGAUAUUCCUCUUGUCAUCCGGCCGUAUGGUUCCAGCACAGCGUUCGGCAGCGUCGAAGAAGCACUGAAUGCGUUUGUUCAGCCGGAGACCUUGGACGGGCCGAACCAGUACUUCUGUGAGCGCUGUAAGAAGAAGUGUGAUGCCAGAAAGGGUCUGAGGUUCCUGCACUUCCCGUACCUGCUAACCCUGCAGCUGAAGAGGUUUGACUUUGAUUACACCAGCAUGCACCGGAUUAAACUCAACGACCGCAUGACGUUUCCAGAAGAGCUAGACAUGAGCCCGUUCAUCGACGUCGAAGAUGAGAAGUCCCCGCAGACCGAGAGCUGCACAGAUAGCGGUGCGGAGAACGAGGGCAGCUGUCACAGCGACCAGAUGAGCAACGAUUUCUCAACCGAUGAUAAUCUGGAUGAAGGGAUCGGUCUGGAGAGCAACCACGGCGCAGAAAAGAUCAAUAAAUUGUCCGUGGAAAAGAACACCUUGUAUGAACUUUUUUCCGUGAUGGUCCAUUCGGGAAGCGCGGCCGGUGGCCAUUACUACGCCUGCAUAAAAUCCUUCACGGACGACCAGUGGUACAGCUUCAACGACCAGCACGUGAGCCGGAUAACGCAAGACGAUGUUAAAAAAACAUACGGCGGCUCCACUGGGAACCGGGGAUAUUACUCCAGCGCCUUCGCCAGCUCGACCAACGCGUAUAUGCUCAUGUACCGGCUAAAGAACCCAGCCAGGAACGCGAAGUUUCUCGAUCCAUCGGAGUUCCCAGAGCAUAUAACGCAUCUGGUAGAAAAGGAAAAGGAGCAAGAAGAGCACGAAAAACGGCAGCGGGAGAUUGAGAGGAACACAUGCAAACUGAAGCUGUUCUGCAUGCACCCCGUGAAGCAGAUCAUGAUGGAGAGUAAGCUGGAAGUUCACAAGGAUAAGACGAUGACGGAAGCCGUGGAGAUGGCUCACAAGCUCAUGGAUCUGGAAGGCGUCGUUCCCCUCGAUUGCUGCCGGCUUGUGAAGUACGACGAGUUCCACGAUUACUUGGAGCGUUCUUACGAAGACGAGGAGGACAAGCCGAUGGGGUUCCUGCUCGGCGGAGUCAAAUCCUCGUACAUGUUCGACCUGCUGUUAGAAACCAAAAGGCCUGACCAAGUGUUUCAGUCCUACAAGCCUGGGGAGGUGAUGGUAAAGGUGUAUGUCGUGGAUCUGAAGACUGAGACUGUGGCGUCUCCGAUCAGCGUGCGUGCCUACCUAACUCAGACCGUGGCGGAGUUCAAGCUACUCAUAUCCAAGAGCACGGAGUUGCCUCCUGAUAACAUGAGGGUGGUCCUGGAACGCUGUUACAACGACCUGCGGCUUCUCAGCGUCCUGAAUAAAACCCUCAAGGCUGAAGGCUUCUUCAGAAGCAAUAAGGUGUUUGUGGAAAGCUCAGACUCUCUGGAUCACCAGCUGCUGUUCACAGACUCGCAGUUAUGGAAGCUGUUGGACCGUCACGCUAAUACUAUUAGACUGUACGUCUCGUUACCAGAGCACUCUCCCGGCCCUCCGCCUGCUAGCUGUGCCUGCCCUAAGGCCUGCGGGGCCGCGGCUCGGACAGACGGCUUUCCUGACCAGGUCGACGGAAACCUUAAGUCUGUGGAUGCCAUUUUGGAAGAGAGCACCGAGAAGCUGAAGACGUUGUCUCUGCAGCAGCACCAGGAUGGCGGCAAUGGGGACAGCAGCAAAAGCACCGAGGAAAGCGACUUUGAGAACAUUGAUUCGCCUCUGAACGAGGCCGAUUCCUCCGGGUCGGCUGAUAAUCGCGAGCUGGAAAACCGAAUCCUGUCCGCUGACCCCGAUAACCAUUUUCAGGCGGAGGAGCGUUCCGACUCGGAUGUGAACAACGACCGCAGCACGAGCUCCGUGGACAGCGACAUUCUCAGCUCGAGCCAUAGCAGCGACACGCUGUGUAACGCGGACAGCGCCCCCAAUCCGCUGGCCAACGGCCUGGACUCGCACAGCAUCACCAGCAGCAGGCGCUCCAAGGCCAACGAGGGGAAGAAGGAGACGUGGGACACGGCAGAGGAGGAUUCUGGGACGGAUAGCGAGUAUGACGACAGCCGCAAAAGCCGAGGGGAGGCGCAGUACGUGUAUUUCAAAGCGGAGUUACACGGCGCUGCGGAAGGCGCUGGAGAGGGGCAGAAAUGUUUAACGGUAAAUGUGGACAAAAGAAUCACCUUAUCUGCCUUCAAACAGCAGCUGGAACCGUUCCUGGGGGUCCCCUCCUCCCAGUUUAAGGUUUUCCGGGUUUAUGCCAGCAAUCAGGAGUUUGAGAGCGUGCGUCUGAACGAGACCCUCUCCUCCUUCUCCGAUGACAAUAAGAUCACCAUCCGGCUUGGAAGGGCCCUGAAGAAAGGCGAGUACAGAGUCAAGGUCUUCCAGCUGCUGUUAAACGAGCCCGAGCCGUGCAAAUUCCUGCUGGACGCCGUGUUUGCUAAAGGAAUGAGCGUCCAUCAGUCCAAAGAGGAGUUGAUUCCGCAGCUCAGGGAGCAGUGUGGCCUGGAGCUCGCCGUCGAGCGAUUCCGGCUCCGGAAGAAGACGUGGAAGAACCCCGGCACCGUCUUCCUGGACUACCACGUGUAUGAAAACGAAAUCAGUAUUUCAAGCAACUGGGAAGUGUUCUUAGAAGUGCUGGAUGAAAACGAAAAGAUGAAAUCCAUGUCUCAGCUCUCUCUGUUUACGAAGAGGUGGAGGCCGUCGGAACUAAAGCUGGAUCCUUUUCAGGAGCUCAUUCUGGAAACCAACAGCGUGGAUGAGUUGAGAGAGAAGAUUUGUGAAAUAAGCAACAUACCUUUAGAAAACCUGGAAUUUGCGAAGGGCCGAGGGACGUUCCCGUGUGAUAUCUCCGUUCUGGAGAUCCAUCAGGACUUGGACUGGAACCCGAAAGUGUCCACCCUGAACGCCUGGCCUCUGUACAUCUCGGACGACGGCGCCGUUAUAUUUUACAGAGAUAAAACAGAAGAGCCGGUCGAGCUGUCGGAGGAGCAGAGAAAUGAACUCAUGAAAAAAGAAAGUAGUCGCUUGCAAAAAACUGGGCACCGCGUCACCUACUCCCCCCGAAAAGAAAAAGCCCUAAAAAUUUACCUGGACGGGGCGGCAAAUAAAGACUCGGCACAGGACUGACGUACAGCGAUCCGCUAACCCGGGACGUUUUUUCAGCCAGGUUUAAUAUUGCUGCGCAAUCUCUCUCCGCAGGACGCUCAGAGCGGCGCCAAGACACCAGCACCGAUUGGCAGGCUACAAGCCAAUCAUAAGCCCUGUACCUGUGAGGUCACCGCUUGACUUGUAAUCAUGUUCUGCACUAUGGUCAAUUAAACUGUAAAGGGACGUGCAAAUAUAAUAGUAAAUAUAUAUAUAUAAAAAUGUAAAAAAACACAAAAAAAGGUUGGACGUGUGGGUAUUUCCCUCCUCAGGUUGAAUUUAAGGUGUUUGAACCUUCUCAAAGCAGAGAGCUGUGUAGUUUUAUAUGGGUCGGUGGUCAAAAAUAUAUAUAUAUAUAAAUAAAUAAAAAUAAAAUAUUAAAGGCAGGGAUUCCGGCUCGAAGCCGUGGAGUCGUUCCUUUAUACUGAUAAACGCAUUACCUCAUUGUAGGAAGGAUGGACGGGGCGAGGGGGCCGAAUCCGAGCGUGUCUCGCCGAGAGUCCUGAUGUCUGCCAGCGCGAUCUCGUGUUCUGCUGUCUCGCUCAGAGUGUAAAUAAAGCCCCGUCCGUCAGAUCCGCAGCCCUCCGAGUCCUCGUAUCAGACACUGUACGUCACACGUUUGCUGCCUAUUUAAGUUUCUUGGUACUUCUCCGGUUCACGGUUUCUGUUAACGCCUUUGUACAUUUUGCUUUGGAGAAUAUAUUUUAAGUUGUAAACACCUCUUUUUCCUCACUCUGCGUUUGUUUUUUUAACUUUCCUUGCGAGAGAAUAUUUUCUUAUAAACGCGCUCAGCCCCGCUUCACCACUUUAUCUUUAUUUUUCUUUUUUUUUUUUUCCCUUCUGGUUUUGAAACAAUGUAAUUAUCAUCUGCAUACUUUCUUUUUCCAAUUGCCAUCAAGUUUAUAAGAAAUCGAUACAAGGUUUUGAUAAUUUUUCAUGCCAGAUACUGUUUACAACAAUAAACAUGCCAAUAAAAAUGAAAA